AUGACUAACCCAAUGCAGAACCGUAAUUUACAAUCGCAAGAUCCGAAUGAUAUUGACGAUGACGAAAUGCGAAUCUGGGAUGACGAUUUGGAGCAGCAGCAAUUGCCUCAACGUGAACAUCCUGUUGAAACGAUCAGAGAAGAGGCCGAAGAGGAUGUGGCGGAUGCGUCAAAAAUGAGUUCCUCUCGUAGAACA